AUGGAACAACUAACGGCGGCUGACUUGCCCCGUAUACUUGAUUUGCUUGCGCCGUCUUCUACUGACUCCCAGAAAUUUGUUGCACUUACGUUACUACCCAGACUUUUGGAACCGAAUAAAGAGACGAUGAUGAUGGUAUUUGAAGCAAUGGAUUUCAAUUUCAUCGAAAGGCUAUUAAGAACAAAAAGCUCGAAUCCAGAUAUGCAAGAUGAAACUCUAAAAUCCAUAGCAGUCAAUAUCUUGAGUUGCUUCUGCAUGCAUGACGACUUGCUGGAAAAGAAGCAACUGAUAAACCGCAUUCCUUCGUUGGCUAAAUCUGUUGGUAUUAGUGAGGAAAUGUCUCAGGAUAUAUUCAAAAUUUUCGUAAAGUUGUCUUCCGUGGAAAAGGGUCUAGUUCAGCUGAUUGAUGGAGAAGUUAUUAAUGCUAUUCUCAAUACGUUGAAGACGUCUAAAGAUGGCAAGAGACUUGCGUUUCAAGCUGUCAACUGUAUCGGGAUGCGAGAAUUGGCGCAUCUCGCAACCAAUACUAACUCGGAUCUCAUUUCAUCAUGUGGUUUGUUCAACGAAAUACUGCCAGAGCUCUCCUUGCUUUUCAGAACACACCAGGAUCAGUUGAAGUUUGAUUUGUUAAAUAUGUUUGUGGACAUGUUCUCAUAUUUCGAUGAUAAGUUAACACGGGAACUUCGAAAAGACACAAUCAAGUUCCAACAGUGGAUAGAGAAUAUUCGACAAGGCUUGCGGGACAUUCUAAGUAGCCAUUUGGGACCCGAACAGCGAGACCAGUCGCUUAUACUUACGAGCCUUCUUUUACAUCACUUUGAUGCAGAGUGGUUGUUUUCACCUCCAUCAGCGAAAUUAUCUUCCGACAAGCGACCAGACGAGCAAAUCAGAAACGAGGCAAAGUUUGCCAUUCUCGUCAUUCAAUUGGCAUGUAUCGAGAUACGCUUAAUGCUCGAUGGCCUGGCCGAACGGCAAAGGAAUAAGGCAGAUAAUCAUGACCCUAGACUUGAGAAGAUGUUACCAACGUGCUAUACGAUAUUAGAGACGUCAAUUGAAUAUUUGGCCAAUAUUGGUCAGUUGCUCGAAGAAGAAGCAGAGUCAAAUGAAGACGUCUCAUUGUCAUUACCUAUUGACCCUGAGCUCUUGUUGAAGUUAAAGAACAUUCUCACAGAGACCUUUAGAGCCAUCAUGGAUUAUCUUGUAGAUGUCAAGACUGAAUUAAUGUCCGUUGAAGAAGCCUACCAAGAUCCACGAAUAAUAGCAACAAUACGCGUUUUAUCUAGAUACUUAUCCGAAGAAGCAACUAUGGAGAAAGAGGUUAGAGAAGUCAUGCCUUUUCUAAUGGAUAUGGCAGCCUACAGGUAA